AUGGUAACUCCGUCGAUGGAACCUCCUCAACUAACCCGUCGUUGGGCAAAAGUGACAUUGGAGAACAAAACAGGAGAUGUCUUCAAAAUGCAAGUACUUCAUGAGUACACUGGAGAACAAACCAACGAUUCGGAUUGGCAUGUGUUCGCACCAGAUGAGAAGAAGACGAUGUUUGAAAAAGUAUAUUAUAAUACUGGAAUCUUCACAACUGGAGUCGAUAACUGGAAGGUUCAUGGAACUAAAAUGGUUUUGUACGAAGGAUCGGAUGGUAAAGGGAUCAAAGUUAUCGGAAAAGUAUGGAUAGAUGGGAUUCCAUAUAGAAGUUGGCAUGGAUUAUUUGCUCAAUGGAAGAAGCAUACAUUGAGAGCAGAAGAUGAUGGACAAGAGACAAUCAUCCGAGUGUAUCCGUCAGAAGUUCAAUUCAUUUCUCCAAGUGGAAGAUCUGUUACUCAGUGGUAUAGGAUUGGAGAAGAUAUUGGAAAGCUUUGA